AUCCCCCCUCAAACUCCCUUUCUUUCCACCACACUCAUUUUCCCAAAAGUCCUAAAGACAUUCUUUUUUUUGCUCUUCUGAGUUCUCCUCACAAAAGAAGUUGAUCUUCUUUUCAAAAAAGCAAGGUAGCUAAAACUUCCUCUAGUAAAAAAAUGGCCAUAAGAAAAUCAUCAAACAAGUUGUCACAAACAGCAGUAAUCAAGCAAAUCUUGAAAAGGUGUUCAAGUUUGGGAAAAAAACAUGGAUAUCAAGAUGAAGAAGGACUUCCUCUUGACGUACCCAAAGGUCAUUUUGUUGUGUACGUUGGCGAAAAUAGAACAAGAUACAUUGUUCCAAUUUCAAUAUUAACUCGACCUGAAUUUCAGUACCUCCUACAUCGCGCUGAAGAAGAAUUUGGCUUUGAUCAUGACAUGGGCCUUACAAUUCCUUGUGAUGAACAUGUUUUUGAAUCUCUAACAUCAACGUUAAGGUAAAAUUAAAGACAGAAAAUCGAGAAGACGAGGAACUAGCAGCUAGGGUGUUGGAAGGGAAAUUUUAUACAGAAGUUCAAGAAUCUGUUUUAUUGCUUCUGUCCUUCAUUUUUAUUUUCUACGUCACAUUUUUUUUUUGGGGGACUUUUGGGAUCUUGUUUAUUGUUAACUAAUUAACUGGAAAUCCAAUGUUAAGGAUUUCUGUUUGUAAAUCUCAAAAGUUUGUAAUUUUCCUCGCAGUGGUGUUUAACAACAUUUGUACCCUGUGAGAGAGUAAUUAAAUUACUUAAUUAUAUAUAUUUGGGUUUUGAUA